ACCCCUAACAAGACAUCAGUGUAACUUUGGCGCCGCCUGGUGGUCAAAUCAGAAAUCUUCAGCCAACAUGGCGGCCCCCGUCAGGACGUUGUGCUGCUCAGUGUUGAGGCAUUCUAGCCGACAGUUCAGCACAACAUGUGGAGUACAAGCUGGAGAGAAAUGGAGAAAAGAACAUGGGCUCUCUAGAAGCGGCACAGAAUAUGGACCAUUGACAGAUCUGCCAGAUUGGUCUUUUGCAGAUGGACGACCAGCACCUCCAAUGAAGGGCCAGCUGAAAAGAAGGCAAGAGAGAGAAGAUUUAUCUAGACGUAUUGUGAUGCUGAGCUCGGAGAUAGACAGAGGAAUACAGACCUGGGAGGAGAAGCAGGAAGAGGCCAAACGAACAGAAGAGCACAAAAAAUCUCUUUUACUCAAACCCAAAGGAAAGCUAUUGAUGAAGAAGAAAUCUGCAGUUUAGGAACAGUUUAUCUUUUUUCUCUACUUGUUUCAUAUUGUUGAAGGUCUCCAGGUGGCUGGAGCGGAUUACAGUUGUCGCUGUUAUUAAUAUAUUCAUCAGGGCUUGUGGGUUUUCGCUUCAAUAUUAUUUUUUGGCUUUAUUUCUUCCAAUAAAUGUUAUUUCUGAUUUAA